CUCCGACUCCCCUCCCGCGGAUCAACUCCGCCAGGUGAGCUGGAGAGGAGUGGAGGAUGCGCGCACUGGAGGAGGAAGUGCUUGAAGGAGGUGGAGGAUUUUAGUAAAGGAAGAGCUGUCGGGCGCUUAAGUCUAGCAGCAAUGCGUCAGGAUGUAGGGCAACGAGAUGAGAGACGAGAAGUUCCGGAAUGUAGGUUCCAACUUUGGAGUACCGCCUUCGGUGACUGUUCCUGAUAAAUUUUCUUGAGAGUGAGGCUCCUUGAAUGCCCUGAUUAAUUUGAGUUUGAUUGGCUUUCUUGGCAGUGAGCAUAGAAAUCAGUCUAAUUCUAUGAAUGUCUAGUGCGGCUCGGUUACGGUUUCGGCUAUUUGAAUUGAAAAAUCUCAUAUUCGGUCCUCGUUAUGGCGAUGGACACUCUUCUACCACCAAUUAGGGUCUUCCCCUAUGAGAUGCGUGUCUUGCACUUGCUUUACUAAAACUAGUAGGCAGAAGAUUUUCAUUCACCCUGACCCAUCCCCAAUAACUUGUCUAGUAAGUUUUCCCAAUCCACUUAAGUUCUAGUUUUCUGAAAUAUCCUUCCAUGCUUUGCUUCUGAUUCUGUUUUAUCCUCGUCUGCACUCUGCAGUUUUAAUUAUUUGUUUGUUUAUGAUACAAGUGAAUACAACUUAUAUUAUACUAGCUGUGUACGACUUCAUGUCAUGAUCAUGUACACCUAUUGUUCUCAACACAAGAGGUAAAAGGUUAAGAACUCAUUUUCAUAUUUUCUUGCAUCAAGUAUUGCGGGGACGAGAGAAUCCGAGUCCCUCUCAGUUGCUCUUGCGGUUGCGACCACUCGGGUAGUCGUCGUAUUCGUAAUGUCAUCAAAGCACGUUAGCAGCUGUUCACCCACAACUGGUCAUCACUCGGUGUCUCGUCGGGAACUAGAAACCGAUUUUCUUGGACAGUGCGACGCCUGUUGGAUCAGCCAGUACGGAAUCGUCUACCGCUUUUCGAGGUCUUUUGCCGAGGAACAUCGUGGAGGUGCAGCGAUUUUGUUGAAAUACGCAGGCACGGACGGGAUCAAGGUGUUCGAGUCGCUGCACAGCAAGGAUAUUAUCGAUCCCUAUCAGCUGCCGGCUGAGGUCAGGCGUGUAGAUCCCGAGGCGCACGAGGGUAGCAAGAAAAAGGCUAGUCGGGGACCAGGAACCUCAGACGAAACUGAGUCUUCCGUUGUGCCUGCUUCUUCAGCGACGGCGCCUGAAUAA